UCCACACCUGUCACUUGUCCUCACUGGCGGCUUUCUUCUCUUUUCCAGGUACCUGGGGCCUCAGGGAGCUGAGGUCUGCUAGUUCUGCCUGCUCCUCUGGAAACGGAAGGUGAAGGAGGCACGCAUGAUCCAGCGGCUGGCGGAGUGACAGCCCCGAGUCUUUGUCGCCUGUCUUCUCCUGCUGCUCAGUCACACGCCUUGGAGAGCGCGGGUGCUCGGCGUUCCUUAGAGCCUGGAGACCGCAUGCAUCGCUCGCUCGGGCUCUGGCUGCCCUGUGCCUGGGCACCUCUACUCCUGGGGAGCUGAGGAGCCGGGCAAAGGUGGCUUUCCCUCCUCGCCACCUGCCCGCUUACCCUCACCAAGUUUCCUCUGUGCGGACAUCACUUCUGCUAUUGCAGAAAUUUGCUGCUUGGGGCGUGCAUAAUUUAACACUAUCUCUGGUCAGAAAAAAAAAAAAACAAAAACAAAAGAAAAGACAAACCUCAGGCCAGAGAUACGCCUCUGUCUCGGGCGGAUGUCAGAGGCGGCAGUGCAGGUGGCACAGGGCCCCAGUCAUCUCCGGUGGUGACUCGGUACAGGGCCCAAGGGGCAUGACACAGUCAGACGGCGGGAGACACGCACAGGCCCGGCGCACCUAAGACAUGGAGAGCUCGCGGCCAAUGGCAUGAACUUGGUCACCACUGCCGCCGCCGCUGCCACUGCGGUCCCAUGACCAACGCAGAGGGAAUGGCCCAGGAAGUGGAUCUGAGCUCCCUGCAGGACCUGGAACGGAACGUCGUCCUGCAGGUGCUGUACCGAGACCAGGCCGUUCGGCACAUUGAGGAGGAAAGGAUCCGGAAGCUGCGAGCGCACUUGCAGCAUCUCCGAUGGAGAGGAGCCAAGAGCCCGAGCCGGACGUACACAGAGAAGUCCUGUGCACGCUGCCAGCGGCCGCUGGGGCUCCUGCUGAGCCGGGGGGCUGUGUGCCAGGGUUGCAGCCACCGCGUGUGUGCCGCAUGCCGCGUGUUCCUGCAGAGGACUCCCGUCUGGAGGUGUACCGUGUGCUUCGAGGACAGAAAUGUGAAAAUAAAAACCGGAGAGUGGUUCUUUGAGGAACGAGCCAAGAAAUUUCCAACCAAAGGCAAACACGAGACAGUUGGGGCCAGGCUCCUGCAGGCUUAUCAGAAGCCGAGCAAGAUCUCCGUGGUUCCUCCUACUCCCCCUCCUCUCAGUGAAAACCAGUGUGGCUGCAGCCCUGGGGGGGACCUGGGCCAGUUUAAAGGAUUUAAUAAAUCAUUGGAAAAUUUGUUUCUGUCUGUUACCACCCACAUGAAAAAACUCUCCAAGUCCCAGAAUGACGUGACUUCUGAGAAGCACCUGCUGGCCACUGACCCCCGGCAGUGUAGGGGUCGCUCCGAGAGACGCAGCCAGUCUGACACGGCCGUCAACGUCGCCAACAGGAAGGUCAGUGCUCCAGAUGUCCUGAGGCCCUUUGGCCAGGAGAAGCCCAGAGACCCUGCUAGCCCUGACCGGAAGCAAGAAGACCUCUCCUGCAGCCCAGAAUCCGGCACUGUAUUCUCCAGAGGCCUGAGACACGAGAGCUUAAUUAGCAUUAACAGCACGAGCACAGAACUGGGCAAUUUUGAUAACGCCAAUGUUACUGGAGAAAUAGAAUUCGCCAUUCAUUAUUGCUCUAACACCCACUCGUUAAACGUAUACGUCAAGGCCUGUAAGAACCUUGCCUAUGGAGACGAGAAGAAGAAAAAGUGCAAUCCGUACGUGAAGACCUAUCUGCUGCCUGACAGGUCCUCCCAGGGAAAGCGCAAGACUGGAGUCCAAAGGAACACACUCGACCCCACCUUCCAUGAGACCUUGACGUACCAGGUGGACCCUGCCCAGCUCGUGUCACGGCGGCUGCAGGUCUCUGUGUGGCACCUAGGCGUGCUGGGCCGGCGAGCAUUUCUGGGAGAAGUGGUCGUCCCUCUGGCUACGUGGGACUUUAAGGACGACACGACGCAGUCUGCCCGCUGGUAUCUGCUCCAGACCAAGGCGGAAAGAUCUGAAGACACCCGUGCUCAGAAUAAUGGCGAACUUGCUGUCCGGGCCAAACUGGUCCUGCCUACAGGGCCCAGAAAGCUCCCGGGUACUCAAGAUGGAACGGGAGAUCAGACAUCUCUCAGUGGACAGCUGUGUCUGGUCGUGCUGGGAGCCAAGCAUUUGCCUGUGCGGUCAGAUGGCACCUUAAACGCCUUUGUUAAAGGCUGCCUCACCCUGCCGGACCAACAGACACUGAGGCUACGGUCCCCAGUCCUGAAGCAGCAGGCCUGUCCCCAGUGGAAGCACUCCUUUGUGUUCAAUGGCGUCAGCACUUCCCAGCUGAGGCAGGCCAGCUUGGAGCUGACCGUCUGGGACCACACCAUCUUCGGGAUGAGCGACCGUCUGCUUGGGGGAGCCAAGCUCGGGGCACGAGGCGAGGCAGCUGGGGGUGCAGACGCAUGCGCACAGUCCCGACUCCAGUGGCAGAGGGUGCUGUCCAGCCCCAACCUGUGGACAGACAUGACGCUCAUCCUGCACUGAGAAGUCUCCUGGUCCCAGGCAAAGCCCAGGGUGCAUGGAAUAUACGGGAGAGAUCCAGUGCUCCACUGUGUCCUGUGGCUGAGACCGCCGGCCACCUCUCCGUAUUUAUGUUAAACUGAUGCUCUGUUAUUAAGUCGAGAACGGGCUGGGCCAGGUCUCGGGACACGUGGCAAACAGCCCGAUGUCAAUAAACGGCU